AUGGUCCGGAGCGGAGCCGGCCCGAGCGCCUCCAGCCGCAACUCUGCGGGGCUUGAGACUGACACCUCCAGCCCCGCUGCCAGCUCGUCCCCGCCCCCGGGACUGACGUCGAGGGGCGGAGCCUCCGACGCCCCGCCCCCUGCCUCAGAUGCCUGCAGGGGCCCUGCCAUCCUGCUCUUUGGAACCACCUUGUCCCCUGUCCUGCCCCAGCAGUUCCUGUGGGGCCUGAGGCUAAGCAGUCACUGCUCACUGGUGGAUUCUGAUGAGGACUCCGCCACCAUUUUCCAGGAGAAUGCUUUCCCGGCAAAGGCAUCUCCAGCCCGGACUUCUCCAGCCCGAGCACCCCCUUCCAGGUCAUCAUCGGGCAGGUCAUCAUCUGUCACGUCAUCAUCUGUCAGGUCAGCCUCCACGACAUCCUCUCCGACAAGAGUGUACCUGGUUAGAGCAACACCACUAGGGGCCGUUCCCACCCGGGCAUCUCCUGCCAGGUCAGCGCCAGCCACCAGGGUCACCAGGGAGAGCCCAGGUCUCAGCCUGCCCAAGUUCUCCUGGCAGGAGGCCCAGAAGCAGCUGCCAUUCAUCGCGUGUGUGCUCCUCCUCAUCGCCCUCGUGGUCUCACUCAUCCUUCUCUUCUACUUCUGGCGGGGUCACACAGGGAUCAAGUACAAGGAGCCAGUAGAGAGCUGCCCCAUGCAAGCCGUUCGCUGUGAUGGGGUGGUGGACUGCAAGCUGAAGAGCGAUGAGCUGGGCUGUGUGCGGUUUGAUUGGGACAAGUCUCUGCUUAAAGUCUACUCCGGGACCUCCCAUGAGUGGCUCCCUGUCUGCAGCAGCAACUGGAACAAUUCUGACUCCAAGAAGACCUGCCAGCAGCUAGGGUUUGAGAGUGCUUACCGAACAACCGAGGUGGCCCUCAGGGACUUUGCCAGCAGUUUCUCAGUCUCUGACUACAACUCCACCAUCCUGGAAAGCCUGCACAGGUCUGAAUGCCCUUCCCAGCGUUAUGUCUCUCUCCAGUGCUCCCACUGUGGCCUGAGAGCCAUGACCGGGCGGAUUGUGGGAGGGGCAUUGGCCCCAGAGAGCAAGUGGCCUUGGCAAAUCAGUCUGCACUUCGGCACCACCCACAUCUGUGGGGGCACACUCAUCGAUGCCCAGUGGGUGCUUACUGCUGCCCACUGCUUCUUUGUGACCCGGGAGAAGAUCCUGGAGGGCUGGAAGGUGUAUGCUGGCACCAGCAACCUGCGCCAGCUGCCUGAGGCUGCCUCUAUCUCCCAGAUCAUCAUCAAUGGCAAUUACACUGAUGAGCAGGACGACUAUGACAUCGCCCUCCUGAGGCUCUCCAAGCCCCUGACCUUGUCCGCUCACAUCCAUCCUGCCUGCCUUCCCAUGCACGGACAGACCUUCAACCUCAACGAGACCUGCUGGAUCACAGGCUUUGGCAAAACCAAGGAGACUGAUGAGAAGACAUCCCCUGUCCUUCGUGAGGUGCAGGUCAACCUCAUCGACUUCAAGAAGUGCAAUGACUACUCAGUCUAUGACAGCUACCUUACCCCGAGGAUGAUGUGUGCUGGGGACCUUCGAGGAGGCAGAGACUCCUGCCAGGGAGACAGUGGGGGGCCUCUUGUCUGUGAGCAGAACAACCGCUGGUACCUAGCAGGUGUCACCAGCUGGGGCACAGGCUGUGGACAGAAAAACAAACCGGGUGUGUACACCAAAGUGACAGAAGUCCUUCCCUGGAUUUACAGCAAGAUGGAGAGUGAGGUGCACUUCCAGAAAUCCUAA